AUGGAAAUUCAAAACCAGUUCUGCACCGGUGGUUUUCAUGCUAGUGAUGGAUGGUUAUCCAGAUUUAAAAAAAGGUAUGGUGUACGACUUUUGAAGGAAUCUGGAGAAAAAUUGUCAUCAAGAGAAGAUUUGGUAGAUCCGUUUAUGAGGAAGUUGCAGAGAGUUAUUCGAGAAGAAGGUUUAUCACAUGAUUCUAUAUUUAAUGUUGAUGAAACAGGUUUGUUUUGGAAAAUGCUUCCAAACAAAACAUUUGUUCAUGCUGGUACAUCAACAGCACCUGGAAGAAAACUAUCCAAAGAAAGGAUAACUGCUUUUCUAUGCGCUAAUGCGUCAGGAAAAAAGAAAAUGACGCCCCUUCUUAUUGGAAAGGCGAAAAAACCUCGAUCAUUUCGAAAUACAGUUUUACCAGUUAAUUAUCUGCACUCAAAAAAUGCAUGGAUGAAUACCGGAAUUUUUAAAGUUUGGUUUUUUGAAAUGUUUAUUCCUGAGGUCGAGUCAUAUUUAAAAUCAAAUAAUUUGCCAAUGAAGGCUUUGCUGAUAUUGGACAAUGCUCCAAGUCAUCCUCCUGCAGAGGAACUCAUUCCAUUUAGUACAGACGAUUUAAACGUUUGGAACAAUGGAGACAUAAAUGAUAUUACUUUGGAUGAAGAUGGCGAAAAUGAGGAAAAUAUUGAAAUUGUUGACCAAUUUUCUAAUAAUGAAACGAAAAUAAAGCAUUCUGAAGUAAUAAAAUGUUUUGAUAAAUGUAUACAAUGGGGUUCCCAAAAUAAUAUUAAUAUUUUUUGA